CGCGAAAAAAAGAAAUCCGAUUGAUGUCUGCGCGCUUACUACUAGAGACAACAUUCCCUUAGAAAGUAAAAAACCAAGUCUACGUUUCCAUAUGACGACCGCGUUAAUAUCGUCGCAUGUCCUGGUGCUGGUCACUAUGUGGCUUAUUGGCGUGCAAUGUUUCCCUGUUCAAAGUUACUUGGUUUCCGCAGGGUCACAUCAUCGUCGAGUUCCAACCCCUCGGCCAACGCGAGGCGGAGUUAGCUUUUCUUCUCGACGCGCCAACACGUCGAACGACAUCCGCAGCGAGGAUACGCUUUCUAACAGUAAGAACCGAAUUCCUGUAUCUGCCGAAAUUGAAAUCCCUCUGGCCGCCGAAAUCGCGUUCGACGCCUUCGCCGAUUUACCGAGACAAGCCACCUGGGCAGAUUGGCUCAAGUCGGUCGAAUAUAUUUCACCGGAUAAUCCCGAGACGAUGUGGAAAAUGAGUUACUUGGGACUAUCGUACUCGUGGAAAGCUAUCAGUACGCGGCAGGAGCGUCCAUUCGUUAUCGAAUGGGAGUCUACAUCGGGAUUGAAGAACUUUGGGAGGGUUGAUUUUACAAAGCUGGACUCGGAUCGCACGCACAUGAAAUUGACCUUGACAUUUUUAGCUCCCCGACUACUCGUCAAAAUGCUGGGACAGCAAGGGGCGAUCGCUCGGCUGGUGGAAAAGCGAAUGCUCCAAACCAUGCUGCACAACUUUCGGGACAUAGUGGUUGUUGAAAGCACUAGCAAUCAACAGCCGCAAUUAAAACCGUUGAGCAUCUUUCCAAAACAAAAUGCGGAGUCAGAUUAG